AUAAACAGCCCAUAACGGCCUGCUCAUGCAUACUCCUGCCUCCUCAGUUCUCUCGAAGGCCGAUAGCUCCAGCAAUGGCCAGGCCCUCCCUACUUCUCCUGCUGCUCGUCUCGGCCUGCGCCGCUCUCGCUGUUGCCGACGAUGAUCCGAUGGUCAGGAGGUUCGAGCAGUGGAUGGGCAAGCACGGCCGCGCCUACACCGACGCCGGCGAGAAGCAGAGGAGGCUCGAGGUGUACAGGAAGAACGUUGAGCUCAUCGAGGAGUUCAACUCCGGUGGCCACAGCUACACGCUGACCGACAACAAGUUCGCCGACCUGACGAACGAGGAGUUCAGGGCCAAGGUGCUCGGCCUAGGCGCUCCGGGGCGAACCGGCCGGCGCGCUCCGAGAACAGAGAACUUUGCCCCCGUGACAAUGCCUGAAAAAGAGGCUGACAAUGAUAAUAGUACUCUGCCCAAGGAGGUGGACUGGAGGAAGAAAGGGGCGGUGGUGCCGGUGAAGAACCAGGGCGGCUGCGGCUCGUGCUGGGCGUUCGCGGCGGUGGCGGCCAUGGAGGGGCUGAACCACAUCAAGAAGGGGAAGCUGGUGUCGCUGUCGGAGCAGGAGCUGGUGGACUGCGACGCCGAGGCGGUGGGGUGCGCCGGCGGGUUCAUGAGCUGGGCCUACGAGUUCGUCAUGGACAACCACGGCCUGACCACCGAGGCCAGCUACCCGUACCUGGGCGUCAACGGCGUCUGCCAGACGGCCAAGCUCAACGAGACCACGGUGAGCAUCGCCGGGUACCGGAACGUGACGGCCAACAGCGAGCCGGACCUGCUGUGGGCCGCCGCCGCGCAGCCCGUGUCGGUGGCCGUCGACGCGGGGGGCUUCGUGUGGCAGCUCUACGGUGGCGGCGUCUUCUCGGGGCCCUGCACCGCGCAGGUGAACCACGGCGUCACCGUGGUGGGCUACGGCGAGACCAACGCCACCGUCGACGAGGGGUCCGGGAAGUACUGGAUCAUCAAGAACUCGUGGGGGGCGGGGUGGGGCGAGGCCGGCUACAUGCGUCUGCAGCGCGACGCCGGCAUGCCCACCGGCCUGUGCGGCGUCGCUCUGCUCGCGAGCUACCCCGUCAUGUGAGUCUGCCAUUCUGGCUGGUGGUGUGUGUAGAGUCUGCCAUUCUGGCUGGUGAUGUGUGUAAGUAGGCUAAUGCAGCAUUGUGAAGUGUGACAGAAUACAACUAGUAGUACAAAAUAUCUACAUAAGUGUGUAAAUAUGCGCGUGGCCAUAUUUAAUUUACAUAAUGGCAAGGUUGAGCAGCA